AUGGCUUCGAAAAAAACAGACACUUAUUUACCAAAAAAUCCAGAUAUGUCUGAAGAAGCACCAAUACGAAAUAUCGGAUCCAGAGACUCAUCAACAAACAAUGAUAUUGUCACACGUACACCAAAACUAUUCUUCAACAUGCCUGCAGAUUCAUCAUCACAAAUGUGCUCAUAUCCCGUUAUGGCGUUUGGUCUUGAUCGUUCCAAGGAUCCGAAAAUACUACAGCUGUUCAAACAUCUAAUGUCUCUUCCUCCUAUGGAUAAAAAUGGAUCAAUGAGUGGUAAAUGUGAUUUUGAAACCACUCAAAUGGAAAAAUUUCUUUCACAAACAUUCGGUUUUCAAAAUCUUCCUGGACAAUAUAUUGUUCAAGGUGUCAAAGCAUUUCGAUUAGCCCAAUCGCUACGUUCGAUGGAUCCCAAAAUGAUAAUUCAGUUUCCAAGCAAAACUGCUACUGAGUCAUUUGCGAUGAGUGUGCAA